CUGUCCUACGCUAUCGGCGUCGCGAAACUGGUGCCGCAGCUCCUCGAGGCCUUCGGCACCGAGCGGAGCAAGCUGAUGAGCGAGGGCACCAACAACGUGCCGAAGAUGGAGUUCGACUGCCGCCCUGGCGACCACGAGGUGGCGCUAGCCCCCCGCGAGCCCAUGUAUCAGGAGACGGCAACCUACUGCCACUUCGGCCGAGAGCCAUACCCAAAAGACGGGAAGAAGGAAGGCAAGAAGUAUGCCUCGACGGGCUCGGCGGAGGCCACUGCAGCACUGAAGGCGUGCAACCACUUGCCCUACGCCAUCGGCGUCGCGAAGCCGCUGCCGCUGUUCCGCGAGACCUACGGCACCGAACUGGACAAGCUGACGGCCGAGUCCUUCGAGCGGGAGUCCGCCAAGGGCGUCAAGAAGUACGCCUCGAUGGACUCGGCGGAGGCCAGCGCGGCACUGAAUGAGUGCAGCUAUAUGUCCUACGCCAUCGGCGUCGGCAAGCUGACGGCCGAGGACAGCCCCAACGUGCUGAAGAUGGAGUUCGACUGCCACCCAGGCGACAUCGCAGUAUCGCUCGCCCCCCGCGAGCCCAUGUACCAGGAGUCGGCAGCCCCCUGCCACUACGGCCGCGAGCCAUACAGAAAGGAAGGGAAGAUGUACUUCGAGUGGGAGUACACCAAGGACGUCAAGAAGUACGCCCCGAUGCGCUCGGCGGAGGCCAUCGUGGCACCGAAGGGGUGCAACUACAUGUCCUACGCCAGAGGCGUCGUGAAGCCGCUGCCGCUGUUCCUCGAGACCUACGGCACCGAGCAGGACAAGCUGACGGCCGAGGACAUCACCAACGUGAUGAAGAGCGAGUUCGAUUGGGCGUCGGUGCCAAGCAGCUGCACCAGGCGGGCUCCGAUUCCACGCAGCUGGUCGGUGCCAAGCAGCUGCGCCAGGAGGGCUCCGAUUCCACGCAGCAAGACACAAGGAGAUGGAUGGCCAUGUCGGCCAGGAUCAGGUUAG